AUGGCGGCUCCUCCGCCGCGAGGACUCUCCCUCUACGACAACCUUCACGAUCCCAACGAUCCCUCACCCUCAGCGACAAUCUCAUCCGCGCCGGUGACCUACAAGCAAGGCGGAUCAACAGCCGGCGACCAAGCAGCCAAGAAGCCACUCAACAAUGCCGCGCUCCAGUUCCAACCUAUACGACGUCCGCAGGUGAAGCAGCCCAAAGCCAAGACGACAUUCCCCAAAGCCAUCCCCAGAACCGCACCUGCCGCAGCCUCAGCGACUGCCCCAGCAGUAGCCGCUAGAGCUGCGCAAUCAAUACCGCAUCAGAGCACGCUUGCCGACUGGGCGGUGACAGAGGAAGAUGAGUGGAUGUACGGCAUCGGAGAGAAGCGCCAGCGCGGCGGUCGCAAAAAGAGGAAGAAGCGACAGGAAGAGUUCGAGACAAAUUGGGACGAGAUGUACGACCCGACGAGACCGACAAACGUGGACGAGUUUCUCAAGAGCGACGAGAAGGUAGAGGAAGUCAGAGAGUGGAAGGCGUUGCUAUAUCGGCACCGCAAGAGGCAGGAAGAAAGCGAUCUGUCAGACUCGGAUGAGGAGACAGCACCACCUCCGAGAAACCGCAGACGAAGCAUAUGCCCGCCGUCUGGCCCUCUCAGGCCAACAACAUCCUCCACCUCCACCACCUCCACCAUCGCCACCACCGCCCCAAACCUCCGAAUCAUCACAACCUCCCGCUCCACCACCGCCCUCAGAAGAACCAGGCACAAUUCAAACAACGGCGCCAACGACGAAGACGACGACGACGCAGGCUACUCACCACCACCAACCUUCAACCAAACCGACCAAGACGCCAACAACACCCCCGAAGACACAGACACCCAGCAACAACGCACCAACCGCCCCGGCCAAGCCGGCUUCGCCCAGCGCCUCAUGUCCAAGUACGGCUGGACGAAGGGCGCCGCACUCGGCGCCAACGAAUCAGGCAUCCUCAACCCCCUGCGCGUGCAGGUCGAGAAGCGCCGCAAGAGGGCCGACGCCGACGGCGGCGGCUGGGCCGAUCCCGCCAACAAGGCCAAGAUCAUCGGCGGCCGGCGCAAGGACGGCGAGGGCGCGAGCAAGUUCGGCCCCAUGAGCGAGGUCAUUGUGCUGCGCAACAUGCUCGACAACAUGCCCGACCUCGAGGCCGAGAUCGCCGACGGCCUAGGGCAGGAGAUUGGGGAGGAGUGCGGCGAUAAGUAUGGACGAGUCGAGAGACUGUACAUUGACGUGGAGACUCGCCAGGUCUUCAUCAAGUUCACAGACCAAGUGUCCGCCUUGCGAGCAGUCAAUGAGCUGGACGGCCGUGUUUUCAACGGCAACAACAUCAUUCCAAAGUUUUACGAUACGGAACAGUUUGAAAAGGGCAUCUACGUAGAUACGACUAGUUAG